UAAUAUAUGAGCGUUCAUUACCACCAACAAUUGAAACGCGCACAGAAACAGAGUUUCGCUCUCUUUUGACUGUCUUUAGUUAAAGAUUUUAUCUUUCUGCUCAUAUAUCAUUCAGAAAAGAACCCAGAUUUGCAUUUCUCUUUAAAAUGGUAAACACUUUAUGUUUUACCCCUGUUUGCUCCUUGGUUUCUCCAAACAAACCAGGAGUAAUUCUUGGGGACUCUGUUGCUGGAAAGGUUCUUCGAGUGGGCAAAAUUUUCCAAAGCUCUAAAAGUAGUAAAUUUCAAUCGUUGGAGGCUAAGGCUGCAGGUGGUAAUAAAGGCACAAAACCAAAUAGCAUAGUUUGCGCUGACUGUGAUGGAAACGGUGCUAAAAUAUGUUCCCAAUGCAAAGGAACUGGUGUCAAUUCUGUGGACCACUUCAAUGGACAGUUCAAAGCUGGUGGAUUAUGCUGGCUCUGCAGAGGUAAAAGGGAUAUUCUCUGUGGAAGUUGCAACGGAGCUGGCUUUCUCGGUGGAUUCAUGAGCACUUUUGAUGAUUAAAACUCUCAUCUCAUGAGAUCAAAUCUUAAGUGAGUUGCUGAACUUCAAAAAUACGCAUCCGAUUAUUUUUCUAUGUUUUGUAUUUUGUUAAUGAAGAAACGCUUGUUAGACUGAAAAGUUUUGUAUUUUGAUUAUGGGGCAACCUAAUUUCCUUAUGUUACUCGAACAAAAUAACAAUUAGAAAAAGUUCGAAUUUCUUCUAUGAUUGUUGUCAUUAUAGUUGAUAAGUUUGUUCUGUUUAA